CUGAACAUGGCGCCCAAGAAGCCCUCGACGACGGCGGAAGUCGCUCUGAUUCCCUUGAAGAACUGUCUCGUCAAUCUACCACCAUCUCUUGUCUCCUUGCUGGUCAAUGCAAACACGACUGCCCAGAAUGUCAUAAUUGAAUUACAAUUCAAGUCCACGACUGGAAAAUCUAAUGGGGCUCCGCCACAGCGAUCAUGCUUCUUGGGCUGGACAGGCAUGCCGAGUAAGCGCAGGCUUGCGCCGGUAGUGGGCCGCGACGGUAUCAGCACCGGGUACAACAGAGAGCAGCAGGAGGUCUCGACCGUGGAAUUGGACACGACAUUCGCAAGGCUUAUUGGCCUCGUUGAAGGGCAGAAGGUUGGGCUACUCGUGCAUCUUGAUCCACCCGUCGCGCAUACUAUCAACAUCGAGCCAUUGACACCAGAGGACUGGGAAAUUAUUGAGCUGCAUGCUACCUUUUUGGAACUCAACCUAUUGUCACAGAUUCGCGCGCUCCCAAAUCCUUCCUACACUGAGGCGCAAUCGGAGCACAUGCAUCCGCUUGCCCUGCAUCUCUCACCCACAUCGACCGCGAAUAUCGUUGUCACCUCCCUUGAUCCCGCACCGUCAUCUACAUCACCGUUCGCAAAGAUCGCGCCCGAUGCAGAGGUCAUUGUUGCUCCGAAAGUUCGAUCGAAGACCAGUAAAUCAUCACGAGGGGACAGCCGAAGUAACGCUGGAAGCAGCAGAAAGAGCGCUGGUGGUCGGAGUGCUUCAAGCACAGUCCGCCCGAAGAGUAGUCGAUCUGACUCCAGCAGUCGAGGUGCUUUGUACCUCCGCGGCAUAGACCGUCAGGCGGCUGAUGAACUCUUCGAUGCUGAAGUGGAUGAAGACGAGAAUGACGGGCUGCGUAUCUGGGUGGAUCCGGACAUGUUGGCCUCUCAUGAACUUCGAGGCGCAAGCUGGGCGUGUGUCUCGAUUGUGCAGCCGUCGGGGCUCAAACCUCCGGUUGAUCCCCAACAACAACUGGCCCAGCAAGAACAGAAGUCUCAGGAAGCUGGCUCGCCUACCAGUAAACUGGUAGCAAAGCUACUUCCAUGGGAAGAUGCUCCAGACAAUCGGCACGUUGCGAUGUCCACGUUGUUGUCUACGGCCCUUGGUGUGGAAAACAUGGUGGGUGGAAUCGUGCGUGUGGAGGCGGCCCCACCACAACUACAUCGCUCAGCGGUUAAAACACUUAAGGUGUACCCGUUUAUGUUUGAUGCCUCCAAGAAGAAGGACGGGCUCAAAUUCGGCUCUGACACUGCCGCUUCUCGGGAUGCCUUGGCCGAACGUCUCAAAGUGAUCUACGGCAGCACUGGGUCUGAUGUUGGAUUGUUCUCAGGGCCUUUAACCGAUGGCAUGAUUCUACCCCCGGUUGAAAACCAUCCUGCAGUAUCUUCCUUUGAUGGGGCUAUCCUGCGAUUCGAUCCCCCUUUAAAGGGAGGAUCGGAUGAGACGAAGUCGAUGUUUGGGUGGCUCCUAGGCUCCGAAGCUAUACUCAACCUUGAGGUACAAGCCGAGAUAUCCAAACCAUCCGAUUCGGCAUCAUCGGCUCUCCCAACCGAUGAUCCAAUUCCAGAGAGUGCACCUCAACUGGUGGGAAUUGAUCCCAUCAUAUCUCAGUCUCUGGGUAAUCUGACGAAGUCUUCGUCUAUCCUAUUGACCGGUGGGCUUGGCGCUGGAAAGACGGCGCUCGCGCACCUCCUGGCCCAUCGCUUGCGUAAGGACCAUCUUUUCAAUGUCAAGUACUUCUCCUGUCGCAAGCUUGUGACCGAUGAGACUCGUAUCUCGAACAUCAAGGAGGUUCUCAACCGCCUUUUCAUGUCUGCUUCUUGGUGUGCUCGUCUCGGUGGACAAUCUGUCGUGAUUCUGGAUGAUCUCGACAAAUUGUGCCCCGUAGAGACCGAAUUACAAGUUGGCGGAGACAACGGACGCAGUCGUCAGAACAGCGAGGUCAUUUGCUCCAUGGUCCGAGAAUACUGCUCCUUGAACUCCUCAGUUGUCCUGUUGGCCACGGCUCAGGCUAAAGAAUCUUUAAAUAAUGUGAUUAUCGGUGGCCAUGUCGUUCGGGAGAUCAUAAACAUGAGAGCCCCUGACAAAGAGGGCCGUCGGAAGGUGCUGGAGAAACUUACCAGCCAGGACAAAGCCACCGAGACCCUCAAUGGUCAUACACGGACGACUAGUUCCUCUACGCAGGACUCGUGGCUCGAUCCUUCAAACCCUGGAAGUCGUCCCAGUUCCUCUGGUGGAGAUGGCUUUGUUCUCGGCAGGGACGUAGACUUCCUUGAGCUUGCUGGUAAGACUGACGGCUAUAUGCCAGGCGAUCUCGUGCUCUUGGUUGCCCGGACUCGCAACGAAGCCCUCAUCCGCUCCGUUCAGGAUUUGUCCACCGACUCGAAGAUGAUCACUCUUGGGCUUGAAGAUUUCGAAAGCGCAUUGAAGGGGUUCACCCCAGCAUCUCUUCGUAACGUCACCCUCACUUCAUCUACUACUACCUUCUCAUCCAUCGGUGGCCUGUUCGAGACCCGCAAAAUGCUGCUGGAGACGCUUCAGUAUCCCACAAAGUAUGCACCCAUCUUUGCGCAGUGCCCUUUGCGACUUCGAUCGGGUCUUCUUUUGUACGGCUUUCCCGGUUGUGGUAAGACGAUGUUGGCCAGCGCAGUGGCAGGCGAAUGUGGCUUGAACUUUAUCAGUGUCAAGGGUCCUGAGAUUUUGAACAAGUACAUUGGUGCCAGUGAAAAGAGCGUUCGUGAUCUGUUUGAAAGGGCGCAGGCCGCACGUCCUUGCGUCCUGUUCUUUGAUGAAUUCGACAGUAUCGCCCCGAAGCGUGGACAUGACUCCACUGGUGUCACUGACCGCGUGGUUAACCAGCUUCUCACCCAAAUGGACGGAGCGGAGGGUCUCUCAGGCGUGUAUGUCCUGGCUGCAACUUCUCGACCAGAUCUAAUUGAUCCGGCUCUUCUUCGUCCCGGUCGUCUGGACAAGUCUCUUCUCUGCGAUAUGCCAUCCCACGCGGAUCGGAUCGACAUUAUCAAAGCCGUUAGCGAAAAGCUGAAAAUGAGUGACGACGUUGCAGCUCGCUUCGACGAAGUCGCCGCCCAAACUGAAGGAUUCUCCGGCGCCGACAUCCAGGCUGUGGUGUACAAUGCGCACCUGGAAGCCGUGCACGACGCAUUGGGUGACCGCACUGCCGACAACACCAAAACUAAUUCGAAACCCGCCUCGAAGUCUUCCCCGAAUACCUCCAGCAGAUCAUUCAUUCAAUUCCUCUACUCCUCAUCCGAAGAAGCGUCCGGUAAGGUUUCCAUGCCCGCUCCAGCCAUGGUUGCAGCGAAGCUAGACGCAAUCAAGAACUCGCGACGCCGUCAGCGCCAGCUCGAGAAUGGCACUGCUCCUUCCGGGCCAGCGAAUCCUGCCCAAGCUAAUGGAACCGAGUCCGGUCCGGAUGAGCUCCGUGACGAGAUCGUUGUCCGGUGGGAGCACGUUGAACGUGCCCUCAAGACGACCCGUUCAUCGCUUAGCUCUACGGAACGCCGGCGGUUGCAGGGCAUCUACCGAGAGUUUGUGGUCGGGCGUAACGGCGAGAUGCCCAAUGGUGAAGCAGGAAAUGAGAUUGGAGGGCGCACGAGUCUGAUGUGA